AUGUCUGCCAUCAAACCCCCGGAUUUCGAUUAUGUUCUUGAACAAGUCGGAGAUUACGGCACUUAUCAACUCGUCUUCUUUUUCAUUAUCUGUCUUCCUGCCAGUCUUCCAAGUGCUUUUUCAGCAUUCAACAUUCCCUUCGUCGUCGGGAACCCACCUCACACAUGUCAUAUCCCAUCAGGGAAAGAGUAUUUAAGACCGUUGACGGAUGAUCCGCAAAUUCUCUCGUGCAAACAGUACAAUGAGACUCAAAUCAAUGUGUUCCGUGCGUUUACAUCAGCUCCAGUGGACACUUAUAGUGAUAGAAUCGACUUGGUUCCGUGUCAAAAUGGAUGGGAUUAUGAUAAUUCGACUUAUUUGGAUAGUUUGGUGACAGAGUUCAACUUGGUAUGCGACCAACAAUCUUGGGUUGAAAUCUCGACCACCUCCUUCUACGUCGGAAGCUUUAUUGGAAACUGUCUCUUUGGAUACAUCGCUGACAAAUUCGGAAGACGACGCUCAUUUUUCGUAAUUCUCAUCGUUUUGGUUGUCUGUGGAACCGCGAAUUCAUUUGCCAAAGAUAUCGAGUCAUUCAUAAUUCUGAGAUUCUUCACCGGACUCGCUUUUCCUGCACUCUUUCAGAUUCCGUUUAUUAUUUGUAUGGAGUUUAUGGGGAAUUCUGGAAGGAUCUUUUCCGGUUUGAUGAUUUCAUUGUUUUUCGGAGCAGCAAUGGCUUUGUUGGGUGUCGUUGCGAUGUUUAUAAGACGAUGGCGUCAACUAACAUUCUUCUGCAAUGCCCCAUUCGCCGUCCUCUUCUGCUAUUAUUUCUUCCUUCCCGAGUCCCCGAGAUGGUCGGUUUCAGUAGGAAAAUGGUCGGAAGCCAAGGCGCAACUCAAGAAAAUUGCAAAAAUGAAUGGGAAAACUGAUGUAGACGUGGAUGAACUUGUGGAUAGUAUGAAAAAUCAUCAAAACGCCGCUGAAGAAGAGGAGCGAAAGAGGAGUCACAACGUGACAGAUUUGUUCAAAACUCCGAAUUUAAGAAAGAAAACUUUGAUUGUCACUUAUAUUUGGGUAAUGAAUGCAAUAAUCUACAACGGUCUCACCCUGAACGUCUCGAACCUUCCAGUCGAUGAUUACUGGAGUUUUAUCAUAAACGGAGCCGUGGAGCUCCCCGGUUACUUCGUCGUCUGGCCUCUCCUCCAAUGCGCCGGACGUCGUUGGACCCUCGCCGCGACAAUGAUUGUCUGUGGUAUCGGUUGUGUCUCUGCAAUGUUUGUCCCAGAUGGAUAUCCAUGGCUUGUGGCUUCUGCCUCUUUCAUCGGGAAGUUUGGAGUCGGAAGUGGUUUCGCUGUCAUCUAUAUUUUCGCUGGAGAGCUGUAUCCUACUGUUGUGAGAGCAAUUGGAAUGGGAAUGAGCAGUAUGGUGGCUGGAAGUGGGCUGUUGUUGGCACCACAUAUUGUGAAUUUGGGAAAAAUAGUGAAAAUCCUGCCACUCCUCAUCAUGGGUCUAAUGGCUUUAUCCGCUGGAAUUCUCACAUUUUUCCUUCCGGAAACUCUCGGAGCACCAUUACCGAUGACUAUUGAGGAUGCUGAAAGUUUUGGUAAAAAACCGGAUCCAGACAGUGGAAUGUUCACUCAGGCAGCGAAGAAACGAGAGUCUCAACCACUUUUAGAACCUCACACACCGCAUGACCGGAAGAGGAGAAGUAGUCGACUCAUGAAUAUUUAG